UAAGCAAGUUACUUGGUUUAAUUUUCUACAUGGCUCCUCAAUUCUUCCAGAGCAUUCCCUCGAUUUGGCUGUCAAUAUGGAUAGCAGUUAUAUUUUUUUUGUUUUUAGUUGUGUAUCUUGUGAGGAGCAGGAGACUCCUCAGCUUCCCACCUGGGCCUAUUAAUCUUGGGUUCCUGGGGAAUUUCCUGCAACUUUCACCUUCAGUACCUCACCGCUCCUUGAUGCAGCUGGGAAAGAAAUAUGGCAAUAUAUUCAGCAUGAAUCUAGGAGCAGAGUUUUUGCUGGUAUUGGAUGGUUACUCUGUCGUCAGAGAAGCACUGGUCCAUCAUGGGGAGGUUUUCUCUGCAAGGCCCAUUUCACCAAUAUUCCUGCAACUCAAAGGCUCACAUGGAAUUAUGUUUUCCAAUGGCAGUGAAUGGAGAGAGCAACGUCACUUUGCUGUGUCACAUCUCAGAAAUUUGCUCCCUCAGGUGAAACCAUGGCUCAUAUCUGAGGCCCGAAGGCUGAAUGAACGAUUUGUGGAAUAUCACGGUCAGCCCUUUGACCCCAGCUUGGAUAUCAGCUGGUCUGUCUACAGUGCAAUGUACCAAGUGUUGUUUGGUCAUCAUCUUGACCACAGUGAGCCAACUUUCAGGGAAUUCUUGCAGCAUUCCAUGAACAUAAUGGCAAUUCUGCCCUCUCUAAGUGUAAAGUUGUAUAAUCUAUUGCCAAUGGUGAUGCAGUUCAUGCCAGGAGCACAUCAGAGGCUGUUUGCAGAAUGGCAUCAGCUGGUGGAGAUCCUCUUAGAACAAGUCAACCAUCAUCAAAUGAGUAGAAAUCCUGAGACUCCACGAGAUUUCACUGACUGUUACUUGAAUAAAAUGGAGAAGGUGAAUGGUGAUGAAAAUUCCACCUUCACUCUGGAAAACCUAGUUGCCUGCACCACUGAUUUGAUAAUGGGUGGCACCGAAACCAUUGUGUCAGUGUUGCGGUGGCUGCUUCUCUACAUGACAGUGUAUCCAUGCAUCCAAGAGAAAGUUCAUCAUGAGAUUGACAUUAUGAUUGGACAGCACAAGGAGCCAUCCUGGGUGGAUCGAGUAAAACUGCCAUACACAAACGCUGUGAUCCAUGAAUGCUUGAGAGUUGGCAAUGUUAUCCCUUUGAACAUUUCAAGACAAACAACUAAGGAUGUGCAGCUGAGAGGAUACAGGAUCCCAAAGGGCACAACAGUCAUCCCCUCUCUUACUGGUGUGUUGUUCGAUGGAAAAUGUUGGAAAUCACCUAACCGUUUUAACCCUAACCGGUAUCUGGAUGAAAAUGGACAGUUCCACCAAGUAGAUGCACAUCUUCCAUUCUCAACAGGUCACCGUAUGUGCAUCGGAGUAAAUCUGGCUCAGAUGGAGACCUUCUUAUUCUUCACGUUCCUUAUGCAACGGUUUCAGUUUACUGCUGCAGCCGGAGGCUACCCCUUCAAUCUUGAUGGUGUUUAUGGAGUUACACUUGCUCCCCACCCUUACCACAUAUGUGCCUGUCUUCGAAAAUAAGGACAAUUUGACUGCUACUUCAGGAUGAUUGCUUUAUAACCUGGAUGAUUCUGCUUUACAUUACUGAGACUAUCCCUCAUGCACAACACAAUCACUGUAAAAAAAAGUAUGUUGUUGUCUGACUUUGAAAUCCCCAGUGUGUUUCAACUGAGUUUUGAUCACUAAAUGACUUCCAUAUGCUACCAUUACAGAAACAAUCUGUGAUUCCACACCAACACGAAAGAGUGAAGAUACUAAUUUAAAUGAAGAGAGAUAACAAGGUGUA